AUGUCCGACCUCGCAACCACCCUCCGUAGCACUGCAGAGCGAUACAUCUCGGCCUUCAAGACCCUGGACGCAGAUCUCUUCGCAUCUUUACAGUCACCAAAAGAGUACAAACACACUUUUGGUCCUGCUUCAGUCAAUCCCCCUCCGCCACAAGACGGCGCUCGCUUCGCUCAGCACAUCAGAGACCUUCAGGGAAUCAUGAAGGGGUUUCCCGUCCGUGCGCGGUCGACUUGGGUCAACGAAGCUCAGCGGCAGGUCAUUUUCCAUGCCACUAGCGAGACUUGGUUCCGGGACGAAUACAAGGACUCUGACGAUGCUGAGUGGCUGUAUCAUGGAGAGUACGUCUUUGUUCUGGACAUGGAUGAGACGGGCCAGAAGAUCACAAAAGUGUUUGAGUUCUUAGAUAGUAAGGGCACGGAGGAACUGAGAGGGUUGAUGAAACGGGCACGGGCGAAGGAGGCAGAAGUCAAGGGUAAGGACGUGAGCAAGACGAGUUUCGAAUAG